CGGUUGAUCACAUAAAUGCGGAUGAUAGCAAUAAACUUGGAUGAUCGCGGGUUUACCUAUAUAAAGCUGAAGGAUAGUUGCAAGAAGUGUAGUUCGAUUCUGGACCUCAAUCCAAGCAAGUUGCUAUUAUCAACACUCACAACCAUGAAAUUCAUCAUCAUUGUUCUGGCCCUCGUUGCCCUGGUCGCUGCUCAGGAUGAUAAGUACACCACAAAGUACGACAGCAUCGAUGUGGAUGAGAUUCUCAAAUCGGAUCGACUCUUCAGCAACUACUUCAAGUGCCUGAUGGAUGAAGGCCCUUGCACACCCGAGGGUAACGAGCUGAAGCGUGUCCUGCCGGACUCUCUGGAGAAUGACUGCUCCAAGUGCAGUGAGAAGCAGAAGGAAAGCAGCACCAAGGUUAUCAAAUCUUUGACUGAGACCCGACCGGAGCAGUGGAAGCUGCUGAAGGCCAAGUACGAUCCGGAGAACAAGUACGUCGAGAAGUAUGCCUCCAGCGCCGAUAAGGAUGGUAUUAAACUGUGAGGUGUGUGGUUCGAGUAACGUUUUGCUGGGCAAAGCCAAUUGCUGUCAAUUCCUAGGGAUCCUUCAUUGAACGUUUGCUUACUUUGUGAAAGUGUUACGGAAAAAUAAAACCUCAUCCUCUCCCUGUA